CCCGACCAAACAAAUACCCUCGCUGUACCUGCCAUUGCCGACCAACAACCAUCUGCCAUCUGCGAUUGCCGACCAACAACCACCAACCGACAACCAUCUGCCAUUGCCGUCGCAGCCUCUUGCCGCCAACUACUUUCACGCUCCAGCCGCCAACAACUCCCGGCCCCAGCCUGCUCCCCCCCGCUUCCGCUCUACUUGCAUGCUUCAUCAUCCAUGUCGACCACCGUCUCUCGACCCGAUUUGAUCCUCUCGAUUCUGCCGCCGUCGCAUCCCGCGACCGACUUUGUCCAAGGCUUCAAUGGCAUCGGCAAACCCUUCACCGUCGCCGGCAUCAUCCACAUCAAGAACAAAUCCUUUGACAGUCACACCGUUCCCCUCCUCUCCGUCUCGCUCGUGGGCACAAUGACCUAUCCCGCCAUGGUCAUGGUCCCGGACGGCACCCGCAUGCCCAUCAAGACCCCAAAGACUGCAAAGCCCGAGGAGGUCUUCUUCAACCAGACCGUCACCUUUAUCGACCCCAAGGCCAAGGACGAGCCCGCCGCCCUCGGCCCCGGCAUCGCCGACAUCUGGCCCUUCACCUUCCUGGUCGAGAACACGCUCCUGCCGCCCGCCUCCGAUGCCAAGUCUCGCCCCGUCACCCGGCCUUCGUCGCUUCCUUUUGUGAGCUAUCAUCUGCUGGUGCGCUACCGCAAAGGCGGCGAUCCGCCGUCCCUCGUUUAUGAGGAGACCAUGGCACUGAAUACCCUGCCCCGUUACGAUGCCUCUCUGGUCCGCAAAGUCAUGCGCUCGCCAAAGCACACCUUCAAGCUCAUGGAUACCCUCGUGGCCGCCGAGUUCAAGUUCCCCGCCCUCAACUUUGCCGCCGGCGACGACAUCACCGUCUCCUUCCGCUGCAUAUCUCGCUCACAUCGCGACCGUGUCGAGUCCCUCACCUUCCACCUCAAAGAAUAUGUCUACGUCGAGACCGGCACCGGCGACGACAUCACCUCUGCCAGCCUCGAGGCCCUCGAAAACGCCAGCACCCCCGUGCAGAUCUCGGCCGCCCAGAACGGCAACUUUGUCAACGAUACCCAGGUGUCGCUACGCUGCCCCACCUUCCCACGCUCCUCGUACAACUACAGCCUCGCCACCAUCGCCGCCGACAAAAAGUCGGCUCCCAGGUGGAUCAAGGUCGAGGUCCGCCAUGCCGUCUCCCUGAAGAUCCACUACCGCAGCCUGCCGCGCAACUCCUCGCCCGCACCUACCUUUGCAGAGUCCUUCUUCAGCCCCGGCCUGAGCUUUGGCUUGCCACUGUACACCGCUACCAGCACUGGCUCUGCCCACUCCUAUUCUGCCUCGCCGCCCAAGACUCCGCCUCCUCGCACUCCCCCGCCGCCUUACUCGAGCCCCACUCCUGGAGAACUCGAGGAUACCCUCUACGAGUUCCCCAUCACCGUCGCCAGCUUUGAUCGCAAGAGCGCCCGGUCCGCCUCGCGCAAGCACGAGGAUUUGAUCUGGACGUCUCUCUCCGACACGGCGAUCCAGAAAGAGUACAGCAUCAUGGACAAUGUCUACGGCACCAGCAUCGAUGUUGCGUUCCAGGACUGGAAGAAGAAGAAGGAGAUCCUCGUUGCCAAGAUCAUGGACUUUGGCGACUACUUUCAUGCCCCGGCGGAGACAUCGUCUCCAUCGCCCUUGCAUCGCCCUGCAGCGUCGUCUGCGAUCCCGGUCCCAACUUUGAAUUCUGCUGCAACUGCUGCUGCUUCAACCUCGGUCCCAGCCUCGGUCCCAGCCUCGGUCCCAGUCUCUGUAUCUCCGCCCAAACCAACCUCGGCCGCCGCCUCGCUCGCCUCCACUGCUGCAUCUCAAGCCACCAACACGACCACUACCAUGUCUCCGGCUACGUCUCUCUCUCCAACCACAAACUUGGCUUCCAUGGUGUCGUCCAUCGUGUCCGCACCGACCUCUGGCGACCGCAAGUUUACUUCUGCACCACUGAAUUCUUCUCCGCUGAGCGAUAGAAAACUGGGUUCCCACACGCCUCCGCACUCUGGCCCAUCCUCGCCCGACCCUGGUGCUGCCGCUACCCUUCCUUCCACCAUGUCCAACGACCGUCGGGUGUCCGCCAGCGCAUCCAACAGCAACCGCGGUCGAUGGAGCUUGAUAGAUGCGGCUCGAUAUUACUUUGCUCACUCUUGAGCGUAUCCGACACCGCCCCCGCCCCCGCCUCCUCCAUAUACACCUUGCUCGGCUGUGCUUUUCUGUACAUUACCCAUCAUCGCCGCGGCCUACCUGCUCCCUUCCUUCCUUGCCUCCACGUUCGGAGCCAAACUAAGCAAAAAAAAAAAGCAAAUUAAUAGCAUCCUUCUCCCGACACUACUCUCAUCAUUUGCCAAGCUCAGUUGCUGCCCGAUCCUUGAU